AUGGCUAAUCCCAACACUGGAGCAAAAGUGCCGGGUUUGACAGGGUGCACGACUGUACGGCAUGGAUUUCCAUAUCUGCCCACUACCUUGGCUUUUGACCCAGUUCAGAAGAUUCUGGCUAUUGGGACAAGAACAGGUGCCAUUCGAAUAUUGGGCAGACCAGGUGUUGACUGCUACUGUGAACAUGAAAGUGGUGCUGCAGUUCUGCAGCUGCAGUUUUUAAUUAAUGAGGGUGCUUUGGUCAGUGCAAGUUCAGAUGACAUGCUCCAUUUGUGGAAUCUAAGACAGAAACAGCCAGCGAUUCUUCAUUCUAUGAAAUUUAACCGAGAACGGAUUACUUUCUGUCACUUGCCUUUCCAAAGCAAAUGGCUCUAUGUUGGAACAGAGAGAGGAAAUACGCACAUUGUAAAUAUUGAGUCCUUCAUACUUUCUGGAUACGUUAUCAUGUGGAACAAGGCAAUAGAACUGUCCACAAAAACUCAUCCUGGGCCCGUUGUACAUCUAAGUGAUAGCCCAAGAGAUGAAGGGAAACUAUUGAUAGGCUAUGAAAAUGGGACCGUAGUAUUCUGGGAUUUGAGAACAAAAAGAGCAGAUUUAAGAGUAUACUAUGAUGAGGCAAUUCAUUCUAUUGGAUGGCAUCACGAAGGGAAGCACUUUAUGUGCAGUCAUUCUGAUGGCAGUUUGACUCUGUGGAAUCUAAAAAGUCCCAGCAGGCCUUUCCAGAUCAUCAUUCCACAUGGUAGAAUUCAACGGGAUGGGAAAAAAAUUGAAUCUUGUAAACCAAUUCUUAAAGUAGAGUACAAGACUUGUAAAAACAGUGACCCUUUUAUAAUUUUUUCUGGUGGACUUUCUUAUGACAAACCUUGGCGAAGGCCAAGUCUGACGAUAAUGCAUGGAAAAGCAAUUACAGUGCUUGAGAUGGAUCACCCCAUAGUUGACUUUUUAACUCUUUGUGAAACUCCAUACCCAAACGAAAUUCAAGAACCUUAUGCUUUAGUUGUACUGUUGGAAAAAGAUUUCAUUGUCAUUGACUUGACUCAAAGCAAUUUUCCAGUUUUUGAAAAUCCAUACCCCAUGGACAUUCAUGAAUCACCAGUUACCUGCACAGAAUAUUUUGCUGACUGUCCUGCAGAUUUGAUUCCUGUGCUAUAUUCUGUAGGCACUAAAUAUAAGAAGCAAGGAUACAGCAAUAAGGAGUGGCCUAUCAGUGGUGGAGCAUGGAACCUGGGAGCACAGACAUAUCCUGAAAUUAUUAUUACAGGUCAUGCAGAUGGAUCAGUAAAAUUUUGGGAUGCUUCUGCCAUUACACUGCAGAUGUUGUACAAGUUAAAAACCUCAAAGGUCUUCGACAAACAGAGGUUGGAAGGAAAACCAACAGGAGAAAAUUUAGAAGAGGAUCCUUUUGCUAUCCAGUUGAUGUACUGGUGUCCUGAAAGUAGAAUAUUUUGUGUAGCAGGAGGCUCUGCAUAUGUUGUUGUUUACAGAUUCAGCAAACAUGAAGUUAAUACUGAAAUAUCAUCUUUAGAGGUGCAACUUCAAAGUGAAAUAGAAGAUAUCAUUAGUCCAGAGGCAGAAAUGACUCCUCCAUUUCCAAGUGUCUCUUCUCAUCUUUCAGCUUUAAAAAAUCUCUCAGGCAGUACAAACACUGUGGCGUCAGGAGGAAUGAUGAAGGAUAGCUUCCCAUGUCUCAGUGUCAAGACUCAUGCUGUGAGGAUGCCCCCCGGUUACCAAGCAGACCUUGUUAUUCAGUUAGUAUGGGCAAAUGGUGAGCCUCCCCAGCAAAUAACAAGCCUAGCAGCAAACUCAGCAUAUGGAUUAGUUGCAUUUGGGAACUGUGAUGGUUUGGCUGUUGUGGAUUUUAUGCAGAAGACUACAUUGCUGAGCAUGGGAAGCUUCAGCCUCUAUGCAUCAAUGCAUCAAUGCCAGCCUCAUUCUCCACGCAGAAGCAAGCAGUGUAUUGCAGGCCUUACUGAGUUAUCAGAUGGUCCAGUUGCAUUGGAGCUGGAGCGAUGCAGGUCCCCCACAACUUCAGAUCCUGUAAAUGGACACUGUGUAAGUCCACCUUCCCUAAGCUGCAGCUCUGGAAAACGACUAUCUAGUGCAGAUAUUUCAAAAACAAACCGUCGUGGUCCUGGAAAGCUACCCUUUAGGAAAGCACAAUCUGCCGCUUGCAUGGAGAUUUCUUUGCCAGUUACAAUAGAAGAGAACAGAGAGAACUCCUUCAAUCAUUCUCGAAGCUCUAGUGUCUGCAGUAUCGAUAAGGAGUCUAAGGAAGCAAUUACAGCUUUAUAUUUUGUGGAGUCAUUUGCACGGAAAAAUGAUACAGCAGUGUCUCCUUGCCUUUGGGUUGGUACAGCCCUGGGUAUGGCCUUGACUGUAUCGCUUAAUCUGCCCAUUGUGGAUGAAUUAAGGCAGACAGAGUCAGUAAUGGUUUCUCCAAGUGGGACAGUUCUGACAUUGAACGGAGCAGUGCUAACCUUUGCAUGCUUGGACUUCAUGGGAACCUUAGUACACGCACCAUAUGAAGCAUGGAGAGAUCCAAACUGCACUGAUGAAAGGGAAAGAACAAAAGAAAGGAAACUUGCCCUGCAUUCUCCAUGCUCCCAGGACAUGGGAGAUCACCAGUUUGCCAUUAUCUGCUCAGAGAAACAAGCCAAAGUAUUUUCACUGCCUUCCCAGAUAUGCCUCUAUAUUCACAACAUCACAGACACAUCCUUUCUGUUGCGAGCAGAUGUGGUGACCCUGUAUAACAGUGUUUGCUUGGCAAGCAUCUGUGCCAAUGGGCAUAUCAUGAUACUGAGUUUACCCAGCCUCCGCCCAUUGCUAGAUGUUAAGUAUUUGCCUGGAACAGACAUGAGGAUUGCCCGAACUUUUUGUUUCACCGAUGAAGGACAAGCUUUGUAUCUGGGCUCUCCCACAGAAGUCCAACGAUUGAACUACAGCCAGGAAAUGUUUGAGAAUCUGCAGGACAUGCUUGGGGAGUUGUUCACUCCUGUGGAAACCCCUGAGGCUCAGUACAGAGGCUUUCUGAAAGGGCUGUUUGGUGGAACUGGUGGAACACUUGACAGAGAAGAGCUCUUUGGUGAGGCUACAGCAGGAAAAGCAUCGCACAGUCUUGCUCAGCAUAUCCCUGGAUCAGGGAGAGUUGAAAGUAUGAAAGGAGCUGCAGGAGGAGCUAUUGGGGAUUUGGCUCGUGCACGCCUCGCUCUGGAUGAGAGGGGGCAGAAACUAGGAGAAUUAGAUGAAAAGACAGCAGGAAUGAUGACGAGCGCAGAAGCUUUCUCCAAACAUGCACAUGAGGUAAUGCUAAAGUAUAAGGGGAAAAAAUGGUAUCAGUUCUGAUUUUUAACCACCAAGCUGCACCUCCAUGUCCUGAGAACAGAAGUCAAAGGAACAGGCCGUGUUCUGAAAAUUCAGUGAGAAGGUAGGAGCAGCUGGCUCC